AUGAGGAUAACGGCUAUUGAGGAAUUUCGUUCUAAGCUGCUUGUCGCGCUGCUCCUUGUCUUGCACCUCGUCUGUCUGCUCAUCAACGGAGAACUGUACUCAGCUUUGGCGGGAAUGGAAACACUGUUGGACACGCAGAAAGUGCUCGUCGAAACUUUGAAUGGUUACAUCGAGUCGACGGAAAGGAAACUUGACAAGAUUAAAAAGUUGCAAAGCAGCCUAAUUCACGUCCAAAACGCCUCGAGUGGGAACUUCCAAGAGUUCGUGUCGAAUCCCAUCAAUGCAUUCGUGCUCAUUAAGAAGCUCACCGUCGAUUGGGACGAGGCGAGAACCGUCAUGAGUUGCCAGCCAUCAAACGAAAUUGCCGCUGGAAAUGUGGUUUUUCCUGAUCAAGAUGAUCUUAGUGGUGCAGCUAAGGCAUUGCUGAGAGUGCAGCAAACAUAUAGCCUGGAAACAGAUUAUCUUUCUGAGGGUAAAAUUCUCGGUGCUGCCAACGGACUACCAUUAUCAGCUGACGACUGCUUUGAGUUGGGUCGCCAGGCAUUCCACGCAGGCUUUUAUGACAGCGCCAUCUCUUGGCUAGAGCUCUCACAGCAGAAACAGUUUGAGAAUGGUUCUGACAUCAGAAAUAGUUCCGAGAUACUCACCUACUUAGCCAUGUCUGAAUACCAAAAAGAGAAAAGCGAAUUUAUGCACCUCGCCAGCAGUCUUCUGCAGCUAGGUUUCAUGUCCGUUGCCAAACCAGACAAUCCUCUGGGCGGAUUCCUGGAAAAAGCAGUUUCCCAAAACAUCUUCGUGGGCCAUACGAAUAUUUUCGACGAAGCCACCUACCGGAAGCUUUGCCAGUCCAGCAUGCAGGCUCUUUCAGCGAGCUAUUCAUCCAAUCUUAAGUGCCAUCUUCAGUCACAUCACCCCUACUUGCUACUGCAACCUGUGAAGGAGGAGCAGCUGUGGGAUGAACCAAAGAUAUCGCUCUUCUACGAUAUCAUUUCCGAUCGGGAGAUCAACAUCAUGAAAUCACUCGCCCUUCCCGCAUUAAAGAGAGCGGAGGUUGCGGAGUAUAAUGCAGGCCUUGGUCAUCGAGUGUCCGAUACCAGAGUUACAAAAAUUGCCUGGUUAAGAGAGAUGGACCACCCAUUGAUUCCGAAAAUGUAUCAUCGCAUUGAAGCCAUCACUGGUCUGUCCUCCAGUUCUGCAGAGCCUUUCCAAAUGGCCAAUUAUGGGUUAGGAGGACAUUUCCAUCUGCACAUGGACGUGCUGCCUGACACGGAAACUUACUUCGGACCCGAAAUGGGAAAUCGGGUUGCUACUUGGCUAACUUAUUUAAGUGAUGUCAGUGGUGGAGGCGCUACUGUUUUCCCGAGGCUCAAUAUCACUGUGUGGCCAAAGAAAGGAUCAGCUUUAUUUUGGCACAACGUGAAGUCGAAUGGUAUUGGUGAUAUUUUGACACUCCACGGUGCGUGUCCUGUGGUCACUGGAUCCAAGUGGGUGACAAACGUUUGGUUUCAUGAACGGGGACAGGAAUUCAGGCUGAAAUGCGGAAUACAUCCGGAAUCAUCUCUACUGCCAACGCACGCUUUCGAAAAAUCAUGAAUGCACCAACAAGAUAUGCUCAAGAAAAUAAAAUAUCAUCAAAAGAAUUUUCUAACUAUGUAUCAUUUGAAUACUCAUACAUAUUUUAUCCUUUUCCUAAUAA